AUGGACCUGUGGAACUGGGAUGAAGCAUCACCGCAGGAAGUGCCUCCCGAGGACAAGCUGACAGGACUUGAAGGAGCAGAAUUUGGCUUCUAUUUCCCUGAACUGGCACUCCAAGGUGAUACACCGAUCACACCGAUGACCCUGGAGACUGGCUGGAAAGGGCUGGACUGGAGCCUCGCGUUACCACCGCAUGCUGAAGCACCUUGCAAGGCAGAGCCCGCCGCUCACGCUCUUCCAUGGUCCGGAGACUGGACAGACCUGGGGUGCACCGCCUCGGAUACCUGGAGCUGCACAGUGCCAACGCUAGGCUCCGCCCCUCCCGGCACGAGCCCCGCCCCCUUCGCCGGUUUUGAGGCGUCGCUGGGCCCGAACUAUGCUUCCUCCGACGGAGGGGCCACCUCGUGGUCUCCCACUCCGGCCGCCUGGAGCACAGCCGGCUGGGACAGCUCAGUCGGCUCCAACGGUGCAGCCUACUGGGACAAUGGCCUCGGCGGGGAACCGCGUGCGGACUGUACCAUGUCGUGGGGCGGGUCUGCGGGUUCAGAUUACACCACCUCGUGGAAUACUGGGCUGCAGGAUUGCGGCAUGUCUUCCAAAGAGUACGAGAGUUCAGCAUUCACCACUCCCUCUCAACCAAGCCAGCAGUCAGACCGAGCCACCCUAACGCGUUACCCAAAAACGAACCACCGAGGUCCCAUUCAGCUGUGGCAGUUUCUCCUGGAGCUGCUCCACGACGGAGCGCGUAGCAGCUGCAUCCGCUGGACGGGCAACCGCCGCGAGUUCCAGCUCUGCGACCCCAAAGAGGUGGCCCGGCUGUGGGGCGAGCGCAAGAGGAAGCCGGGCAUGAAUUACGAGAAGCUGAGCCGCGGACUGCGCUACUAUUACCGCCGCGACAUCGUGCUCAAGAGCGGUGGGCGCAAGUACACAUACCGCUUCGGGGAACACGUGCCCGUAAUCGCCAGCCGGGAUGGCAUGGGGGACCCGCCGGCUGCAGAAACCCAAUAAAAAUACUCUG